AUGGGCACUUGUCAAUCUUGUUCUCAAUAACCAUCACCAGAAGUCAAUUAAGGUGAUAUAGAAUAGCCUGGUAUUCGCAGUGACUCAAUACGUAAGAUAAGUAAUUUGCUAAAUGAAUUUGAAACUUUUCAAGUGAUUAAAAAGACUUCAUAUUCAUUUAUUUAGGAUGCUGCAUUCAGAAAUGGAAAAGUUAAUGCAAAGAAAUUGAUCAACACAUAAGGAACAGUUAAACCUAUUAAUCUACAAUAAUUACAUUAAGUAAACAAGGGUUUGGAAUAAUUGAAAGCACUUGCAAAUAAAUAAGAUAAAUGUGAGAUCGAAUAGUAGAUGAAAUUCAAAUGUGGUUUAGAAUUAGGAGAUAAAUUCCCAUAGAUAAAAUUUCAUAUGCUUUUAAAUGGAGAACCUUAAACAUUAAUAUUAAAGGAAAACACAUAUACUUUAAUUAAAUCAUGGGGUUAAGGCGAAUAGAUGGUGAAUUUUUAACAUGCAAUAGAAUUGAUUGAAUCAUUCAAAAAUGUUCAAUUUCAAUUGAUUGGCUUGACCAGAGGCAAUGAGGAAUAGCAAUCUGUGUUUGAAGAAUUAGUGAGAUCCAAUCCUGGAUGGCAAUAACAUUAACACAUUUAUGUACUUGCAGAGGAGCCAGAAAAUCAUAUAUUUGAUAUAUAUUAUUAGGAAUAAGCAAAUGAUAUUGAAGAAGGAUAUAUUGCUAGUGCUCUAUUAUUUUAUGGUUAGAAUUUGAUUUGGAAAAGAUACACAAUAGAAUGGGAUAUGUCAGCUGAUUCUGAUGAGGUAGCUUUGGAAGUUACCAAUCUCAUAAAUUCAGGAGUGAAAGAGUAUGUGGGAGUAAAAGAAAUGAAUUAAUAAAGUACUAUAAAUAAAUAAUAAUAUUUGGAAUUAAAAAGAUUUAUUUUGCAAUAAUAACAACAAUAAAAGUUCACUAGAGGAUUGGAAGUUCAAAUAAAUAAAAAGACUAUUUAUGGUAAGAAUAAUAAAUAAGUUAUUUAUGAGAAACCAAUUAUUUAAGUAGCAUGUUCACCUAAAUCAUAAUAGAUUACAGAGAAUUUUAUUAAACCUCUCUAAUAAAAACCAAUAAUUUGGGACAUUUAGAUUUUAAAGAAAGUAUUAACAUAAAAAAUUAGAGAAAAUAAUCUCAAUAUUGAAGCUUCUUUGGAGAGAUAGAUUAAAAUUUAAAUAAAUUAUGAAAAUAAUCUAAUAUCAAUUCCUAAUUGGGAAAUGGCUACACUAACUCCUUAUUAUAAAUCUACAUAAUAUAUCUCGUAAGUCAAAUAAUGGAUACAUGCUAGAGAUAACAUUUUAAGCGAAGUUUAGAAUACUGAUGACCCUGUUUUAUAAAGAGUAAAUAAAAUGAUUUAUCAAUUUUUCAAUAAUAUACCAACUGUUGAAAAAGUACUUAAUUAAUAAUAUGGUAAAAUUCCAUAUGCUGAAAAACGUAAACCACCUUAUGAAGAGAUGUCAGUUUCAAAAAGUUUGGGAAAUGAAGAAAUUACAAGAAAAUAAGAUAAAAUAUUAUUCAUUUUAUUGAUUGAUUAUGAAAAUGAUGAUACUUUAGAUAUGUUAAAGAACUUAAUUAUAUUUAAGAAAGAGAAUUCUAUUUAAUUGUAAAUUGCAGUAUUAGGACAUAUAAGAGCAGAAUCUUGGACUAAAUUAUUCUAAGCAUUUAUGGAGAAACAUAAAUUAAAUAAUGAUGCUGAAGAAGGUAUAAUAGAAACAUGGUUCCCAGUUGAAGACAAAAUUGGAUCAAUUUCAUUUAGUGCUAUUCUUAGUAAAAUGUAUGGUAUGUGUUUGGAAAAAAGAGAUUGUAUGUUAAUUGAUUUGGAUAAUCAAGUUCGAGUUAUUGAUUCUAGUAGAAGGAUUAUUCCUAAAAUUUCUUAGAUUUUGAAUGAUUUAAAAAAUAAGAAUUAAAUCAAAGAGAAAGAAUUUAUGUAUUUAAUUUGUAUUCAUAUUUUUAGAAAUUAUAAGGAUUAAUAUUAACAAUUUAAGAGAUCUAUUCGAGAUAAUCCUUAAUUGUUGUAAUUAACUUAGAAAAUUAAAGAAUAAUGUAAAGAUGAUGAUUGUUUGAUUGUCUAUGAAUAGAGAAAAGCUAAAAUUUGGGAUUUUUAGGGUGCAAAUUUAAAUGAAUCUAGAAAAUAUUAAUAGCCAACAAAGAUCCUCAGAUUGAUACCAAAAUCAUCUGAAAUUGUUGAACUAUCUUAAAUUCUUGAUAAUUCAGAAUUUUUAUAAAUGAAAUGA